AUGGCCUCAUAUGUCCUAGCCGGCGAAGAAAUUCAAUGCGCUUCCUGUUUUCAUGGGGUCAGCUCUGACUGUAGAGACGCAUUCAAUAAGAUGCCCACUAAUGGAACACUGUCAGAUAACGUUAACACAUCUUGGAGCUCUAGCUCAUGCCAUGUCUACUGGAUGCCCCGCGGCUUUUCGGCCGAGGCCUCGGCAGUCCAUGGAUUUGCUCAAAGUCUUAUCAAUAAAUGUGGCCAGAACGAUGCAGGAUGCUCUGGGGUUAUUUCCGAGGACGACGGCGACGUUGCGAUGGAAGGCGGCUGUGUUUGUGUUUCCAACCAAGAGAACAUGCCCUGCGCGUGUUCUAACGGCGAAAACUUGGGUUGUUAA